CGUGGGAAGGAGGUCCUAACACUCCACCAAACCCCGUCAAUUCAACGCCAAUACCUACCUCCUCAAAUACCCACCACCAAGAAAGACCACUAACCUUUCUUCUUCCUUACUCUUCUUUGUCUUCUUGUGUAUUGUUUCUUUUCUUUUUUCUCUGCAUUUUUUUUCCUGUUUCAUUUUUGCUCUUAGCUUUUCUCAAUGGAGGCCAAGCUUUUAGGAGCUUCAGUUCCUUCCAUUAAGCCUCAUCAAAACGCUUCAAAUCCAAGACCCACUUCUCUUUUUUCCCUCAGACCAAGGCAAAUUCUCAACUUGGUCAGCAUCAAUUCAAGCUUGCCCUCCAAGACUUCUGGCCUUUGCUGUGCUCCGGUUUUUGCGAGCUCUAAUGGAUCAUUGGCGACGAAGGAUAGGACGGAUGACAGCGACAACUUGACCCUAGAUGCCAUAAGAUAUUCUUUGAUCAGGCAGGAGGAUAGCAUAAUAUAUAACCUUUUAGAGAGAGCUCAAUAUUGUUACAAUGCAGAUACAUAUGACCCCAAUGCUUUCUCCAUGGACGGGUUCCAUGGAUCUCUUGUAGAAUACAUGGUCAAAGAAACUGAAAAGCUUCAUGCUCAGGUUGGCAGGUACAAGAGCCCUGAUGAGCAUCCUUUUUUCCCCGUUGGCCUUCCUGAACCGUUGUUGCCACCAAUGCAGUACCCACAGGUACUGCAUCCCGUUGCGGACUCAAUCAACAUAAAUAACAAAGUGUGGAACAUGUACUUUAAAGAUCUUAUACCAAGACUGGUCAAGGAAGGAGAUGACGGCAAUUACGGAUCCACUGCUGUUUGUGACACUAUGUGCUUGCAGGUUCUCUCAAAGAGAAUUCACUAUGGUAAAUUUGUUGCAGAGGCUAAAUUUCGAGCCUCCCCAGAGGCCUACGAAGCUGCCAUUAAACAACAGGACAAGGACAAGCUAAUGGCUCUGCUGACUUAUCCAUCAGUUGAGGAGGCAAUCAAAAAUAGGGUAGAAAUGAAGGCGAAAACGUAUGGGCAAGAGAUGCCUGUGAACAUAGAGGAAGAUGUGGCUGACCCAGUUUACAAGAUCAAGCCAAGCUUGGUUGCUGUUCUUUAUGGGGACUGGAUCAUGCCAUUGACAAAAGAAGUUCAAGUUCAAUACUUGCUGAGAAGGUUGGACUGAGGAAAUUACUAAUGAGCCUCUCUUAAGCCUUUUGCCAAACGACAUCUACAAACUAUAUGUUUUCUUUGUAGAUAUGAUAACCUACUAUGUUAGUGCUUUUACAUCCAUAGUUUCCUUUUCUAUGUAUAGGAGGUUUCUGAGACUCAUUGUGCUGUCCCAUUAAAUCAUCGCAAGGUUGCAACUUACAAACAUGGAAAUGAUAGUUUUAUGGUUUACACGCA